AUGAAGUCUUACAUCGUUCUACGUCUUAUUCCCCUUGCACUUGCUGCGCCCCCUGUUGUCGAUCCAUUCCUUGAGGUGUGCGGAGUGUCCGUCACACUCUCGAUGGUCACCAACACUCUCUUACUACCGCCGCAGACAAUCUCUCUCUGCGAGAACUCAAACUGCGCCAUUCCCCCAAUCACGGCUGGGGAAGGAUUUUCUCCUGCAUCGACGCAGCACUAUGAGGUGCCAAAUACUCAGCUUCCGCAGGAAACCGUCAGUCAGGUCCCUGGAGGCAGCAGUCCCGCUGGCCAGCCUGCUGCCACCCAGCCUGGUGGCAGUCCUCCGUCGGCGCAGCCUCCAGCUAGCAACGCCCCCGGAAGGCUUUCAUCUGCUGCCAAUCCUGCCGGAGGCUCCGGCGGCAAUGCGCCUGCUGCCACUGCCUCGAGCUCUGGCAAGACUCCUGCCGUAACUACAUCGUCUGCGUCUCGAUCAUUUGGCGCUCAGUGGGAUGAACUUUUGGUCAUAGGGGUCAUUGGCUGCGUGGUUCUGGCGUCCCUUGGACUUGGGUUGUAA